AGUACACAUAUCAGCUGAUCCCGUGUUGGUCAUGGGGUUUGGGCACCAUGCCUGCGAGCGCAGCCGCUCGGGGCCCCUCCCACUGAAUGAUGGGGGCCGCACAAAUCCCCCCUCAACCCCUUUCCACGUUGCUUCCGGCAGGUUUCGGCGACAUCACAGCCGGUACAAGCUUGGGAUUGCGCAACAUGAGCACCGCGGACGGAGCAUCGCUAGACGACGAGGACCGUCGGGCACCGAACAGGCUGCCGCCGGCGUUCGCCGGAUAUCGCCCGUUCCCUCCAGUCCUCAACCUCUACGGCAAUCCCUCCGGCGUCAUUGACGCACUGACUACGCUCAAGCUCUGCGGCGCGGCCAAGAGCGAUCUCCUAUAUAUCGUCGAGGUACACCACGGCUUCACCCCCCGAGGACCGCUCCAUUUCAGGCCGGGCCUGUACCUGCGGAAUGGACCGAGCACCGACGCCCCCAUCCUGGCGGCGGCCGGCGACGAGGCUCGAGAGCCCCUUCUGAUGUCCACCUUCAGCGUCAAGAGCUUCAUCAUGCUGCCGCCGCUGGACCUCGAGGCGAACCCGCGCGACAUGGUCACCGAGAUCAUGUACGCCACCAAGACCAGCGACGGGGCCGUCUCGUUCCGCUUCGCCAUCGAGGUCGGCCCCAAGAUGAAGUGCCGAGAGCACUUUGAGUGGAAGAAGGCUGGGACGGACAACGGGCACAGUCGGUACAUCCUCGUUCGGCUGGACCCGAGGGCCGCGUCUCCUUCGCCCGCUCCUUCGGCGCAAGACGAAAGCGAAGUACUCGCCGAGCUUCUGUUUCGCAACGUCAUGUCCUGGAACCACUUGUUCACGUUGGAGCUGAAGGGGGCCGGUGGUUCGGGAGCGAUGGGUGACCGUUGGACGCUUAUGGUGGUUGUCAGCGCGCUCAGACUUUAUUGGCUUCGCGUCUAUGGCAAGACGAACAAGUCUGUUGUUGGGAUUGGGCAGAAAUUUCGGGGCAAAUAGUCCUGUCUGUCCUUGGUCUGUUGUGUAGAUAGGAGGACCUGACAGCGGCUUAAGAAUGUUAAUCGGAGAUGGCAAACCAACUAUCUGCUCAACAGAUAGUCCUAGGAAUAAGCA